CUUUACUUUAUUAUCUACCCCGCCAAUGUAAUAGAACUUGACGAACCAAACAGAACCCUUUAACCCAAAGUGAGCUCGGCGGACGGGGAACUUAGCUGUCGGUUUCCUCAUGGAGUUCAUCGGCCGCCGGACCAGCUGUCGCUUCUUGCUGAUCACAGUUCUAUUAAUAUUGGGUCAAUCUCUGGGUUUGACGGUCGCCGGCGGUGAACAUCCAGGGCUGGAGUCACUAGCUAAGCAGCUCAUGGCAUCGGCAAAGGAGCCGGAGUUCUUUGAGUGGAUGAGAGGGAUCAGACGGAGGAUUCAUGAGUAUCCAGAGCUGGGUUUUGAGGAGCACAGAACCAGUGAGAUCAUUCGAGCUGAGCUUGAUUCGCUUGGGAUUGAUUAUAAAUGGCCAGUUGCCCAAACUGGAGUGGUCGCUUCCAUUGGAAAUGGUGGCAAGCCAGUUUUUGCCCUCAGAGCCGACAUGGAUGCCCUCCCUCUUCAGGAAAAGGUAGAGUGGGAGCACAAGAGUAAAAUUGACGGUAAGAUGCAUGCUUGUGGCCACGAUUCUCAUGUUGCAAUGCUCCUUGGUGCCGCCAAGUUACUCCAUGACAGGAGAGACACGCUGAAGGGAACUGUCAAGCUUGUAUUCCAGCCAGGGGAAGAGGGUUAUUCUGGUGCUUACCAUAUGUUACAAGAUGGAUGUCUUGAUGAUCUGAAUGCCAUCAUAAGCAUACAUGUUUUGCCCUCGGUGCCUACUGGUGCGAUUGCUUCAAGACCUGGUCCGUUUCUUGCGGGUGCUGGGCUCUUCUCUGCAACAAUCCAAGGGGUUGGAGUCCAUGCCUCAUCCCCGCAUAUGGGUAGAGAUCCGAUUGUGGCGGCAUCUUCUGCCAUAGUUGCUCUCCAACAGAUCGUAUCACGAGAGACUGAUCCCCUUGAAGCUGCAGUAGUGACAGUGGGAUUGAUUGAAGGAGGCAAAGCAGGAAAUGUAAUUCCAGAUUCAGUGCGAUUUGAAGGAACUUUUAGAAGUCUAAGCAAACAAGGUCUACACAACCUUCAGCGCAGGAUUAAAGAGAUCAUUGAAAUGCAGGCAGCAGUGCAUAGGUGCAAUGUCACAAUGGACUUCAUGGAGCACAGACAUCUUCCACAUCCUCCAAUGAUUAACGAUGAAGCAGUUUAUAAGCAUGUCAAGAAGGUUGGAGAAAUCUUACUUGGUGAAUCCAAUGUGCACUCGUUUCCAGUCACCAUGGGUGCAGAGGAUUUCAGUUCCUUCUCGGAGAAGAUGCCUGCUGCAAUUUUUGUCAUUGGAAUAAAGAAUGAGACUUUGAAAUCAGAUCAACCACUUCACUCCCCUUACUUCUUCAUUGAUGAGGAAUCAUUCCCUGUAGGUGCAGCUCUUAAUGCUGCUGCUGCAAUCUCCUACUUGGAGAACCACAGUAUGCUUGCCAAUUGUGAACCAGAAUCUCAUUUACCUUUUGCAGCUAAUAUCAUCUAGGAAAGGCAAAUUCAGAGAGUGAACUGUGUCGUUUGCUUGACAACUACCUCGUCUUAUAAACAUGGGACAAGCAGUUGAUUGUAGAGCAUUAUGAUGAUAUUACUAGCAAACUACAGAAUUGGGGGAAAAAACAGCUUCCAAGUCCUCCUCUUUAAUAGAGGCUGUUGUCCCUG